AUGAUCCAUAGGGAAAGCGACACAGAAGAUGUCCCAUCAGUGGCUGGUUCUAUAAUUAUAAUAAUCAUCAACACCAUCACAUGUCCCUUCACAGUUUUGCUCAACUUACUGGUGAUAAAGGCUGUGAAAACGACGAGUCGACUCCGAACCAGCAGCAACAUCUUGCUGGCCUGUUUAGCGGUGACUGACGCAUUAACAGGUCUCAUUUGCCAGCCUUUAUUUAUCCUGUGGAGAGUGCACUUUUUGUAUGGUCUUGGUAACAGUGAAACGUUUGAAAAUUACUUUUUCAAGUGUACAGUUGCAAUAGUAACAGCUUCAUACCUUCAUCUGAUGUUAGUUACUUUGGAGAGACUCGUAGCCAUCAAGUUUUCGAUGCAACACUCAAACAUUGUGACCUAUGAGAACAUGAAGAUAGCAGUGUUCGCAGUUUGGAUCAUUUCGCUCAUUAUUGGGGUUUUAAGAAUUAUGGAAAAGAUCAUUGUAGUACGUUUUAUUAUAGGUUUUCUCAUUAUUUCAUGCGUUCUCUUUCUUGCUUUCUCUUACUUCGUCAUGUAUCGUGAAACACGUCGUCAUCAACACAAAAUAAAAACUCAACAACUGCCCCAAGAAGAAGUGGAAAGAUUUACCAAAGAGAACAAGGCGCUUAAGACAGCUGUAUAUGUAGUUGGUGCUGUUAUCGUUUGCCUUCUUCCAGCUUGUUUCUGUCUGAUUGUUUCAGUUACAGGCCUUUAUGAUGCUUGCCCCAUUAAUGUGCCAUCGAUGCUAACAUGUGCCAUGCUAAACUCGCUCGUGAAUCCACUGAUUUACUGCUGGAGACAAAAAGAAAUGAGAAAGGUCAUUCUUGGAGGAGGAUCCCAGGUGGAGCAUUUAGAGAUACAAUGA